CUCCUCCUGGGUCAGUGGUGUCAGUAAUCAGGGUGUGUAACUGCAGUGCAGCUCUGAGCGCGGACUGAUCUCAGAAGCACUGCGGUGAGCGGGACUGACAGCAUGUCUGCGGGAGCUGCGCUCUGUCUGCUCGCGGUAGCGACUCUCCUGCCCUCAGGAAACUCAAGGAUCAUAGAGCCGUACUCUCCACCGCUGAAAACUUCCAGCCUUUCAAUGACUAAAAACAUGUGCGCUGAAUGUACCCAGAUCAUGGAGCUGUUUUUAGACAUGCUCUCCAAACCAAACACACAGGAACUGAUCAAAGAGUCUCUAAAUGAGCUUUGUCGUCGUCUUCCGGGGGCAAAAGCUGCAAAUGAAUGUAUGAAAAAAGUGGAACUUUACCUGCCAGUUGUCAUAAAAGCUUUGCUUUCAUUCACUGUGCAUAGGGAAGGUGACAUUUGCAAGGUGCUUGGACUGUGUACUGUCCAGCCAGAAAGCAAAGCACCAGAGAUGCUUCACGUCAGCCUGGAGGCAGAUGGCUUUAUCCAAGCGCAGCCCUCAACACAGACUAGUCCUGAGGUACAGAUCACUCCUCAGUGCACAUUCUGUCUGUUUAUCAUCAGAAAACUGGAAAACAUGCUGCCAAAGGAGAGAACUGAAGAAAGCAUAGUGAAGGCCCUGGAGACUAUCUGCAACCACUUACCUGAUCACUACAAAGACCAGUGCAACAGCUUCCUGGAAACAUACGGCAAGCAGAUCCUGGACUUCCUGCUCACCUCCGCCACGCCACAUACCAUCUGUGCUCUGCUGCACUUGUGUCUCAUGCAGGAGAGGUCUGAUAUGGUGCCUUACAUGCCUUCUGACUGCCAGUUCUGUAGAACCCUGGUGAUCCUGACUCAGAUCCGCAUAGGCCAGAAUGCUACUGAGCUUCAGACGUCCUCUGCACUCUGGAAGACGUGCUUCCUCCACCCCAACGCUCUUCCAGGGUGCGAGUUAUUCGUUCAGCGCCACGGAGUGACACUCACGAGGAUUCUGAGCAAACAAGAAGCAGCUGUAAGCACAUGCCAGAAGUUCUUCUGUGUGGGACAAGAAUAAGAAGAUGGAACCUGAAGGAACAGAGCACUGAGCAAUUUGUUUUUGUUUCAUUUUUUUUUUCAAUUUGCAAUCUGGUUAACAUUGAAACAGUGUAUUAAGAUGUAUGAAAACUUUAUCAUGCCAAUCAUAAUCACAAUUACUUUUUUUAUAUAUUAAAAAAAAAUUGACUGAUUUUUUAAUUAAACUCUGAUUAAAGACCCUCCAAA